CUUUCAAUACAGUUCCAUCCUUUCUUAUGUCACAAGCCAAGUUAUUUUUCUGAUUUCGUAACUAUUUCCUUGCUGCUUAUUGCAAGUUCAUUCAGUAUCAUGACGUUGUGAUUAAGUACUUCAUGUUAUCUCCUAUCCAAAUAAACCUGACAUUUUACAAACGAUUUAUUCUUAUCAUUGCAACGCAGGAAACAGUCCCAGGUUAUAUCCGGCAUAAAUAACAGUUAUUUUCAUUAGUCUACCGGGUUUUUGGAGUAAACCUUGACAUUAGCUGACAGGUUAGCUACUCCAAAAACGGCAUUAGUUAAACAAAACAUUGAAAUAAAUACAGAAGCAAGACUUAUUAAAAUGGCUUUAGUGAGGAAUUUUUAUCGUUCAAUAGCAUCGGUACCUCGCAAUCAACUGAUGAAUAUCAAGAAGACGAAUUUUAAAGUGUCUACAUAUCAAGAUUGUCAACAUUACGUAGUUCCCAAGAGAUUCACUUCAUCUACCCAACCUCUAUGUAAUCCAAAAGAAGUUAAAGUGACCUUUAUCAGAGCUAGUGGUGAACGAAUUGAAGCCAAAGGGAAAGUUGGUGACAGUUUACUUGAUAUAGUUGUAAAUAAUGAAAUUGAUUUAGAUGGUUAUGGUGCAUGUGAAGGAACACUGACAUGUAGUACAUGUCAUUUAAUAUUUUCAAAAGAAGUCUAUGAUUCUUUGCCUGAUAAACCAACGGAUGAAGAACUAGACAUGCUAGAUCUAGCUUAUGAUCUCACAGAAACAUCGAGACUAGGUUGUCAAAUAACAAUGACAAAAGAACUCGAUGGACUUGAAGUUCAUGUCCCAGCGACAAUAAAUGAUGCAAGAUCAUAAUUAGUCAAUGAAUUAUUUGUACAUUAUGAAAUUCUUAUGUGAUUGUUAAUUAAUGAAACAACUUGUUUCGAAUACAGUAAAACUAUUUAGAAGAAUUGUGUAAAUAAUAAUGAUAAUAGAAUUUACAUUAUUUUAUCAAUGAUUUUAG